AUGUCAAAGGUUAAAUUUGAAUCAUCAGAUGCUCAAGCUUUCGAAGUCGACAGAGAAGUUGCCAACAUGUUUGUUGCCAUCAAGAAUUUGAUGGAGGACAUCGGUGACGACACCAAUGCCAUUCCAUUGCCAAAUGUCACCGGUGAGAUCUUGAAGCGUGUCAUCGAGUGGUGCGAGUACCACAUUGCCCACCCAAAGCCAGACGAGAAGCGUGACUCUAAGGAGAUCUACGAAUAUCAAUGGGACAAGACUUUCUGCAACACCAUCGAUCACACCACACUUUUUGAAUUGGUUCUCGCUGCCAACUAUUUGGACAUCAAGGGUCUCUUGGACGUCACCUGUAAGACUGUCGCCAACAUGAUCCGUGCCAAGACCCCAGACGAAAUUAAAGCCUACUUCAAAUUGACUCAAGAUUUUACCCCAGAAGAAGAAGAGAUGAUUCGUAACAACAAUGAAUGGUGUGAAAUUAGAGAAAACUAA